CGCGUACCACCACUUUCUUCGUCCGGCUGCUUUUUUCGUCACUUCAACUUCACGAGGUCUUUUGAACCACUGUAUUUACUGUGAUCAUGAUUACCAACGUCUUCGCUUUCGCUGUCUUGUUGCUUGCUUCCGUGAACGAAUCUCGUGCGGUGGUUUACAGACGCCAGCACGACUUCGCACAUGACAAUCAUGGUUUGAUGGAGGGUGGUGUCCCGACUCCAGUUGCACAUGGCCAGCACUACGUGCUUACUCGCCCAACGCCGGCACCAAUGCGCAGACGACAGGACUCUGACGGCGACUCGAGCGGUAUUCUCUCGCAGUUGGGCGGGUCAAGUGGUGUCACUGAACUAGUUGACGAGAUUCUUUCUGCCUUGCCUCCUAGUCUCGCCACCCCGGCAUCUGCACUCUUCGCUGAGAUCACAGCGUCGCCGAUGUCACCGAGCAGCUCCAGCUCGCAGACGGGCUCUGGGUCCGGAGGUGGCUUUGAAUCUCAGACGAGUGAUGGCUCCCAGGAUGGCUCGAGCUCAGGGACGGGCUUUGGCUCCCAUGAUGGCUCCGGCUCGCAGUCAGGCUAUGGCUCGCAGUCAGGAUUUGGCUCCCAGUCCGGCUUCGGCUCGCAGACGGGUUCAAGUUCUCAGUCAGGCACUAGCUCACAGUCAGACCCUGGCUCAUCCGAUGACGGCUCGUCCAUUCCAAGCAGCGUCGGUGCCAGCGUGUGGUUCGGCAGCCCGUCACAGACGGCCUCCGCUGUCUUCCCUUCCACGACGGCACUGGGUUUCAAUGAAACAGGUGCAAACGCAACCUCCGUCUCGGGCAUGAACUCGACCUCGAGCGGGAACACAACAGUCAUCCCGAGCGAUAACUCAGCAUCUUCUGGGGCGAACGUGACGGCGUCUGCGAGCGGGAAUGCGACUGAAACCAGCGAUGCGUUCUCUGCUCUUGGGGCCAGCGCUACGCCGAGCAUUGACGCGUCCGCAUUCUCGAGCAUUGCUGCGACGCCCACGUCGAGUGCGAAUGCGUCUCUUCCGACUGACGCCAACGCCACUGCGAUCGUUUCAUCUGCUGCUACUGGUGCUGCUUCGACCACGAUGUCUGGCGACUUCUUGACCCAGUUGAUCCAGGAGCUCGAGGGUGCCGGCGAAGACGUCUCAGAUAUCGUAAUGUCCCUGAUGGGCAUACUCCCCUCUUCAGUCCAGAGUCCCGCUUCCUCGAUGUGGGUGCAGGCCACGUCAGUGGUCGGGGCUGACUUCAGCCAGAUUACUCAGGCUGUCGGCCAAGGUGCGAGCAGCCCAAGCAGACGAGACAGGAUGAUCCGCCGUUCCCGCAAGUGAGAUGGGAUGCGGGCCAUUUCCCAAGUUUGUCGUCUACUGCGUUCGGUAUUCAACGCCGAUGAGCAACUGGCACGGGAACACGCCUCUUCAGAUGAUUCACCGUGCCUUAGCGGCACACUAUUGGGCAAAACAAGAUAACGACAUACCUUCGCUGCUGCGCUGCGACGCACGACUUCAUGAUUACUAUCCUACAAUAUUACAUUCCUUGAUGUUUGUACCUUAGUUUUUGGCGAAUAGAAGCAGCUAUGA